AAAGCGAUCAUGGGUUCUUCUUCUAGAAAUCUUUAUGCAGGAAUUGGAGAAGGUCAAUCAACCUCUAGGCCACUGCUUUUUGAUGGCACCAACUACACAUAUUGGAAAGAGCGGAUGAGAAUUUAUAUCCGCUCAACCAACUUCCAGUUGUGGUUGGUCAUCAAAAACGGCGAAAAACGCCAAUGAAGAAGGUCAAUGAAAAACUCGUCCCAAAGACCGAGGACGAAUUUGGUGCCGAAGACAUCAAAAAGGUGGAGAACUAUGCCAAGGCAAUCAACAUGCUGUACUGUGCGGUCAAUCCUGAUGAUUAUCGCAAGAUCUCUUGCUGCACCACUGCAAAAGAAAUGUGGGACAAGCUGGAAGUCACAUAUAAAGGUACGGACCAAGUUCGGGAAGCCAAAAUUGACUUCCUAACGCAGGAGUACGAGAUGUUCAGGAUGAAGGAAGGCAAAAAGAUCGAUGACAUGUUCGAUCGGUUCUCAAAGAUCAUCAACGACCUUCACGCUCUCAAGAAGACGUACGCCAACAAGGACCUUGUGAGGAAAAUCCUGCGGAGUCUCACACCCGAAUGGAGAUCAAAGUCUGACGCAAUCUACGAAUCCAUCGGAGUCUCCAAUGUCAGCAUCGACGGGCUAAGAGGCCACAUCAAGCCGAGGUGUCCAAAAGGCAAAAGCGGCAAGGACAAACCUGGCUUCAAAAAGCAACGCGCCUACAUCUCAUGGGGUGGCGACUCAGGGGAUGAGUCAAUGGAUCAAGAAGAGGAAGAAGCCGCAAACCUCUGUCUCAUGGCACACGAAGACCACGUCGACGAAGUACAAGAGGGACGGUCGAAGUGCAGAAUUCUGGAAAUCAUGGGGAACCAGCGAUGGGUGGGCUAUACCACCGCUGGGAGGGAAGUCUUCACUUUUUCUAGAACCCCUCUUCCCAUUGAUGGGUGCCUUCUCCCAUUGAUGGGAAAAUCCAAGUCGAAGGCCUCCAAGAAGAAGGGCAACGCUGAAGCUACGACCUCUGCGCCCCAGCCGUUUCCCUAUCUAGACGGCUCAUUUCUUGUGUUCGUGUCGGAGGAAGAACUCACGCGCUUCCUCAAUCACUUUGCCAAACGCCCAAUUUCUCCGCCCAGGGUGCUGCCCGAGCUAUACCCUCAACAAAAGGGGUACCAAGACCUCGUCAAUCAGCUUCAAGCGUCGGGUCUGUGGUCGUUCGUCUCCAUGAGUCGUCAGUCCUACAAUCCCACCUUUGUCCGGGCCUUCUACUCCAAUCUCCGCCGUGACGGGGACACCAUCCGCAGCAGCAUCAAUCUCUACGACAUAGAGAUUGAUUUGCCUACCUUUGCUCGGGUUGCAGGGCUGCCCAUCCGUGGUGACAACAUCGCGACAUAUGGUGGCGACGAUUGGAUCCUCAACAACGAGGCGGUUGUCAUUCGUGAGCUUGGGAUCACCAACUUGAUCCGCCACAGCGGCGCGCCGGCGAUUUACUCAGCCCCACUGGACAAGCGCCUCCUCCUCUACAUCAUCACCCGGAUUCUUCGCCCCCGGGACAGCAGCCAUACCUCGCUCUUCAACGAGGAUUUGAAGGCGAUUCAUGCAAUCAUCCACGGCGCCUCCAUCAAUUGGGCAAAAUUUGUCAUGAUACACAUGGCAGAUUGCGCCUCACUCGCCACCGAGCAGAGCUUGCCGUACGCCUUCCUCAUCAUGGACAUCAUCGUCUCCGCCGAUAUCCACAUCGCCGGGCCAGACACGAAGAUGACGAAGCUUUGGAUGAUUGCCGACAGCACCUUGCGGAAGAAGUCCGGAAACAGAGACGGCGCAGGCCCAAGUCGUGCACCAGCCCCCGCUCCCGCCAAGGCCUCUUUGCAAUCCAUAGCCGAUACCCUGAAUCAGCUAACCCUUACAGUGGAUGGCAUGGGCACCAUUCUCGGCGAAAAAUUUGAAGGCGAGGACGAGGACGACGACUCCUAUGCUUCGUCUCCCUCCCCUGACGAGGUCGACUUUGAGGACGCGGUCGACGGUGAUCCCAUGGACGUCGAGAACGACGAGGAUGACGAUGAGGCGGAGGACGAGGACGCCGAUGCCUAGACUCUUCUUUUCUCUUCUUUCCUUACUAGGAUUGUAUUUUUUUUCAUUCCGUUGUAUUCCGCAUUUCCCUUUUUAAUGAAUAAAAGUUUACUUUUAAAAUUCUAAAGUUUACUUUUAAUUUUUUUUUGUUAAUGUCAAAAGGGGGAAGGUAUCAAGGUUAUGCAUAAAUUGAGGGGGAAUUU